AUGACCAUCACUGAGUAUGAAAACAAGUUCACGUCACUAUUGAGGUUUGCACUAGGGAUUUCCAAUGAUGAGAAAGGAAAGAUAGAAAAGUUUAUUGAUGGCCUUGAUCUUACUAUCAGACCAAUUGUAGCUGCCUCAGAACCGAUAGAGUAUGUAAAAGCAGUGCGAAAGGCCUUAGUAGUUGAGGCCGAAAGUAAGGACAGUAAAGCUAUCAGAGAGUCUUAUAAUCACAGCAGGAACAUGAGUACUAUCUUCAAGGGUCAAUCAAGUAAGAAGCAGAAGAAUGAACAGUCAAGGUUCAAGGGAUAUCAGUCAGCCAGAUCCACACCGACAGCUUCAGUAUCUAUUGGGUCUUUUAGACCGAAUGUUACUUGUUUCAAAUGCGGGAAGCCGGGACAUUUCAAGUCCCAGUGCACUCAGACUCAGUUGACUUACUUCAGAUCGGGGCAACGGUUCAGACAAGGGUGGAGGUCCAUAGCAGAGACAGAUGCAGUUUACCACAGUUCAGUCAGGGUUUUAACCGCCACUACUGCCUCAGCCAUCUCAGCCAGCUGUGACAGCACAGAGUUCUCGUCCGAGCAGAAGGACUUCUUCGAGUACACCCACUCAGCAGUCGGGUUAUCAGACAGGUGGUUCUCAGGGGUAGAGGACUCAGUGUCAUGUGCAUUGGGAUUGGAGGUCAGUCAGUUAGACAGAUCGCUUUGUGUUGACACGCCUAUUAGGGGCUCAGUCACUCUUGGUAGAGUUUGUCGGGGUUGUUCCAUUACCAUUGCCGGACGGGUACUGGAGUUCGAUCUCAUCCUUCUCGAGAUGAUAGGAUUUGAUGUCAUUCUUGGGAUGGACUGGCUCUCAUCCUUUAGAGCUAUUAUUGAUUACUUUAGGAGCAGAGUUUUAGUGUAUACCCUGGAUGGGAAUUGUUUUUGCUUUGUGGGAGAUCGGUGUGAUUCUCUCAUUCUUGCCUUUUAUGGUGUUAGAGGUUGGGAUCGACAAGGGUUUUUCUUGGCUAGCCUUUCAUUGAUGAUGAUGUUAAGUUUUGUGGGGUUGAUUAUCCAGUGA